GUGAUUAUUAACUCAGUCUGGCCCUUGAGAGCCUAGAGAAAUAACUGACUCUUAACAAAUCAGAUCAAGUCAGAAGGCAACCAGGCUGCUGUCAGCAUCUGUUCAUCAUGGCUGAGGAAACAGACACCCAGGACGCCAACAUGAGUAAGAGGAUAUACACAAGGAGAAAGUUUCUGUGGCGAAUCAGACAGAAAUGGAAGCUGUUGGGUCUGUUUGAGAUUGACCAAGAUCAUGAAUUUUACGACUUCACCUGUAUGCUGAAGGAGGGCUUGACAGCUGCAGUCCAAGUCUCCAUCGACACUCCAACAUUGGGCUUACUAAAUGAACCAGACUUCAGUGCAGUGCUAACUCAGGUGCACAAGGGCUUUGAGAUGAAGACAUUUGCAGGACCUGUGUUUGCACACUUCCGGAGAAUGCUGGGGAUGAGUGAGAGUGACUACCAGCAGUCUCUCAGCUCGGAGGGCUUCUACCUACAGUUCAUCAGCAACUCCAAGAGCAAAGCCAACUUCUUCCUAACGAAUGACAAGAGGAUUUUCUUGAAAACACAGGAAAAGAGAGAGAUAAAGUUUCUUCUGUCGAACCUUCGGUCCUACCUACAACACAUGGAGAGGUACCCACACUCAUUGCUGGUAAAGUUUCUAGGUGUGCACAGUAUCAAGAUACCAGAAGAGGGGAAGAAAUACUUCAUCGUAAUGCAGAGUGUGUUUUACCCUGAUGAGCGAAUACAGGCUCGGUAUGACAUCAAGGGUUGCCAGGUCAGUCGAUGGACAGAUCCUGCCCCUGAGGGGAGCACCAUCAUUGUAGUACUAAAAGACAUGAACUUCGAAGGGAACACAAUUGGCUUAGAUCAGCAACGAUCUUGGCUUGUUCGGCAAGUGAACAUUGACACAGAGUAUCUGAAAAGUCUGAACGUUCUGGACUACAGCCUGCUGGUAGCCCACCAGCCUUUGCACCUCGACGAGCGGCGACAGAGCUGGUCCUUUGCAAGUGUUAUUCUCCGCACUAAGAAAUCGAUGAUCAGUGGAGGCAGCCCUAGCCACUCCACUGGGACUUCAGUCCCAGGGCUAGUGGAAGAGGAAUCUACGGUGCUGGUGUCCGAGGUGGUCAGUGGCACAGACGAGUGCCACGUCAAGGAAGUGCCCAGGGCAACGUUGAGCUCAACAGGCAGCAGUGGUUCGGAGAUGGAAUUGGCCGAUGUCUCGGCCCAGAAUCGCCGGCUGCUGCCCAACUGCAAGAAUUCUUUGCACGUCAUUGACGGGGCCCAGACCCGCUACUUUGUAGGAAUCAUUGACAUCUUCACCGUUUACGGGUUCCGUAAAAAGCUGGAAUACCUGUGGAAAUCCAUCAGGUAUCGGGGCCAGUCCUUCUCCACUGUCCACCCUGACAAAUACGCCAAGCGACUGUGCCAGUGGGUUGAAGACCACACAGUUUAGGAACUGGGGUAGGUUGGGAGAGUGGGGAGAAGUUAGGGGGAAGGAACAGAGCAAAGAGCUCAGAAUUUUGGAAGAGAGUGAGAGUGGUGGGGCUAAUUUUUCCCACUGAAUAUAGUCAAUGACCUGACAGUAGGUCACAGGGUGGGAGGUCGACCUCUCAAGGCGACACUCAACCUCAUGAUCAAGUGUUACAGGGCUUGAGUGAAUCUUCAAUGCCAGUAAUUGGAGAGAGCUGCCCUGUUUCUGUGCCAGAUAGUUCUUGGUGUAAAGUCUUCAGCAUCACACUGUUAGAGCAAAUUUAAAUUAAAAUAUGGGGAAGAAUUCUCUGGUCAUUGCAUGGAAAAGCUGUCCAAUCUUGCAUGAUGCUCUAUAUUGCCUUAAAUGGAAGGUGAAGGGAAGUUACUACCAUUGAGCCUUAAGUACAGGACGUUGCACCCAAUCCCUCAAGAGUAAGGAUUGAUUUUUUUAAAAAUAUGCAUGCAGAAAAUCAGUGGUUCAGAACCCAGAGCCACUCCAGUCAACUCUCUUCAUACAAGCUAAUCUUCAAAUGUUAAUGCCUUUAAAGAGGAAAGGCGCUGAUCUUGCCAACAAAGAGUUGACGCCCAUAUUCAAUGCAGCAUCACCUCCAGUGGUGGGGACUGAAAUCACUCCAUUUUAGGAUAGAAAUAUAAGCUAAUGCCAAACCCAGAACCAGGUUAGGGGAGUGAUGGUUGGAAUAAGAUCCAGAUCAGGAUCGAGCUUUCUUGACGUUUGUUAGUAAUUGAUUGUGCACCACAAAAUAACAGCCUGGCUCCAGGUACCAGUUUGCAGAAGUACUUAUUUCCAGUUGUACUUUAGACCAGGGGUUCUGAAUCUUUUAUAUGCUGUGGACCACUACCAUUAACUGUCUGGUCCGUGGACCCUGCUUUAGACGUAUCAAGUCCUGCUGUCCUGUUCCCCUGCUAAUUUUCUGUGUAACCUCUUCUCCCUACAUUCCCAUCAGAUCCCCCCACUCCUCAAUCUCCCACUCACUUACACAGCAGGAACAAUUUUCAGCACCCGCCCCACACUUUUUUGAGAUGUAGGAGGAAACCCCCGCUGUCGGAGGGACAAUGUGCAGACUCCACACUAACACCACCGAAGUUCAGGAUCGAUCCUGGAUCAUGAGAGCAGCAAGACUACAGCUCCACUGCUGCCCCACUGUGGUUGAUAAAUAGAAGUGGUCACAAUCAUGGAAGAUAGACUUUUGCAAGCUCCUAAUUAUAGCAAGAUGGAAUGUCCUGUUUGGAAAGAAGUUAGCAUGGCAGAUUUUCAAAAUAGAUUAGGUAGGUCAUUGGGAAAAUAUAUAUAGGACUUUUGGGAAAGUCAAAAGGAAUAGGAUUGUUUGGAAAAUUCUCGAAGAGGUGAUAUAGGUAUGGUAGUCAAGAGGAGUCCUGCUAUGCUCUUUCAUUUUAUAAUACACUUAAGAUGAGUUUGGAUAGGUACGUGGGUGAGAGAGGUAUGGAGGGCUCUGGUCUGGGUACAGAUAGAUGGGCCUAGGCAGAAAACCUGGCCAGCACAGACUAGAUGGGCCAAAGGAGCUGCUGCUGCUGUGUGUAGAGAUCUACAACUCCAUGACUUUUUGUACUCAGUGAGUAGAUCAGUAAUCCAAGGAUAGAGAUUUAAAGUAGUUGGCAGAAGAACCAAAGAGAAGAUGAGAAAGUCUUAAGCACAUGUUGGUUUGAUUCUGGAAUGACAUUAAUAAAAAAUCAAAUUGGAUUUAAAUAUAUACUUGAAAAGGUAAUACGUUGCUGCUUCCUUUCACUCUAAUCAAUCUCAGUCCCUAUAUUUCAGUAACAGCAUUACAGAGUGGAAGUGCUUCCAUUGACUAAUGGGGAGCUUGGGUAGAAAUGGAUCGUGUUCAGUCUGUCACUUGGCGGCUGUAAAUUGUUAGCUGGAUUGAUCCUCAAAGUAUAAAUGUUGGAAAUGUACAAUAUCUAAGAGCAGAUAACAAUGCAGGGUAAUGGUCUAGCUGAAGUCCCUUUGAUCACUAUGCCACCUUAAAGAUUAAUGCUCUGCCAUGUGAUUUUUUUCUGUAACCCCAAUGAGUCACAAGUCAUGUACUGUAUUCUGUAGAAUCAUCUCCCGGCUAUGACUUCCAACAAAGAACCAUCACACGCAGUAACCUAUCAUACACAUCAUAGUCUACACCCUAAUAAAACCACUCAAGCACUGCAUCUCAAUAGAUGUUGAACCCAAAUGAUUACCAAAUACUCUGUACUCUAAUAAACUGCUUUUUAUACUGGAGCCCCCCCAAUACAACCAUAUCAUGUACCAAAGAAACAGAUCUACUUCGUCCCAACAGAACCACUUAACGUAUCACACCCAACAGGUACAAAUAAUUUGCACCACAAACUCCUUUGAUUCCUAUGCCUUGUAAAAUACAUUUAUUCUCCAUAAAAAUCCACAGAACUGUGAUUUGGAAGUUACAUUUUUCUAAUUUGAUGCCACUAUUGACUCUGAAGCAGGGGGUUAAGGGUCCCAGCUUAGGGGGUGUAAUGAAUUUGUAAAAUGUGGAAUCUCAGGCAUCGUAUAUAAUAUACACUGUGCAAAUAACUGAUCAAAUUGUAUCGUAUAUGAAAACAU